AUGAAGGACCAUUUGAAACCUUUACUGUUGACCCUUAUGAUAGAAGUUGAAAUCAACAAAUUCCUAGUUGAUGGUGGUGCUACUAUAAACAUACUCCCACAAACGAUGCUGAAACAUUUUGGGAAGACUUUGGCAGAUCUGAAACGUCACAAUAUCCUUAUUGAUUAUGCUGGAAAAUCUUCCCAACCAGAAGGGAUGAUAUUGCUGGAUGUCCAAAUUGGUAGUGUGAAAAGGACCACCAUGUUUAUUGUCACUCCCUCGAAAGCUAACUUUAAUGUGCUGUUAGGAAGAGAAUGGAUCCACGGAAUGGGAGCAGUACCUUCGACAGUGCACCAGAAAGUCUUUUUCUGGAAUGAUGAGGAACACUUAGAAGUGUUGGAUGCAGAUUAG